AUGGCGCGUCUCAGUGAUGCGAAUGGGAAGAAAAGGCGAGGCCGGCCUCCAGGCAGCCGCAACUCUAGUGGUGUUGUGAAGUCAAAGACGAAGCCCGCACCAAGGGCGGCUGCAGCGAAGAAAGGCAAGCCCAAGAAGAAACAGGCGCAAGAAGAAGUCGAGGACGAGCUCUCGAUGGCUGUGGGCGCACAAACACAACCAUCGAAACCCCGCAAGCGUAAAUCCGACGAAACCGCCGAAGCCGAAGACGAGUCGCGCAACCAGUACGCGCAGUUGGAGACCAAGACGAAGAAGAUACCACAAGAGCUGAUGGACACAUGGCCGCAACUGCCGCCUCAGGUCUUGGAGCAGAUGACGGCCGUGGUACGCAAUGCGAAGAAAGAUAUCGCCGAGACACAGCGAGACGAGCGCAGGAUCAUGGCCGCACACAACACACUCAAUCCUCUUGUGCGGAAGCUGGCGCGUCAACUAGCUGAGUCGCGGAUGCCUCCCCAGGCCAAAGACAUCCACUUCAACAUCGAUAAGCUCACGGAGCGCAAUGCCCAAGUAUCACGAGAGGCCACGACAGUCCGGCAUGCGAAGCAACUGCUCAGCGAGCAAGCCAAGAUUGCUCAGCACCUGCUGAACAAGGACGAGGACAAUCUGGACGCUCUGAAGAAGAACGUCAAGAGCUGGAGGACCGAGUGGAAACACCAGAAGAAGCACGGACGGCUCCACCCCUUACUCCAAGGCCAAGGCCAAGGCGAUGCGACGACGAACAGAGACGGUCCAGACGAUAUACACUUGAGGCCGUCACGACCAGUAGACUUGUCCCUCCUCGAUACGUCUAACGACGACCUUGCGCCGGUGCUCGGACAAUUGCGACGCGGCCUGGAGAGUAUGCAGGGCAACCAUACACAAGUAGAGGGUCUCGAUACGGCCUUGAGAGACGCGCAGGCUGCACUAGACCAUGUCCUGUUUAAGCACGCCAGUGCAGUGCAGUACGCUGCUCUUUGA